AAUAUUGCUUGGUCCCAGAAAAAUAUAGAACCAUUCCUUUCUGCUUACGAGAAACUCCACAACUAUUUCUUCUCUCCCCUAUCCUUUAAGGUCACCAAUUCAGAAGCUCAGCUGUUCUGCAUCAAUUACAAUUUAAAUUCUGGAAUAAAUGCUCAGGUUAAAUGUGUAUUGUUCUAUAGUACCUGGUCCACGACAAGUCAAGAUCGGAAGCAACUACGGGUCAUGGGUUAUCCAGUAUCAUAGAGCUCAGCACCUGUGUCAAAGGAUAAGAGGGAAAGCCCUGAAAGAUGAGAUGGAAGGAGGCACGAGCGGGUUACCCGGCCGGAGCUGGGAACCCGGGUUGGAAAUCGAAGUCCCUUUCGAACAAAGACCGGUGAAUGAGUAUACAUCUCUUAAAGAUGGACCUUUAUAUUCAUGGGGGGAACUGACUCCAGUGUCCUUUUUCCAACGUCUUGGAGGCCUCUGGCUGGUGACUUUCACAGUGCUGGGAGUGCCAAUUGCAGCUGCAAGCUUUAAUCCUUCAAAGGAACCUUUACAAUUUGUGCUAGCCGCUGGAACAGGAACUCUUUUCCUUGUGUCACUAAUUGUCCUGAGGAUUUAUCUGGGUUGGAGUUAUGUUGGUGACAGACUUUUAUCAGCAGUGAUACCUUACGAAGAGAGUGGCUGGUAUGAUGGACAAAUGUGGGUGAAGCCACCCGAGAUCCUAGCUCGUGAUAGAUUGUUGGGCUCAUACAAGGUCAAACCAGUCGUCAAAUUGCUGAAACAAACACUAGUUGGAACAGGGGCAUUACUCGUUACAGGAGUUCUACUAUUUAUCUUUGCUACACCAGUAGAGGAUUUCAUUCAGAACACUUUUGCCACAAAUGAGACUUCGAAUGUUUCAGCUUUGAAGAACAAGAAGUUCAAUAUAAGAAAAGAGGAGCUGCUAAGGUUGCCGGUAGAGGUGAAGGCUGAUGAUGAUCUAGCAGCAGCUGCAGCUGAGGCUGCUGAUGGAAGGCCAGUCUACUGCAGAGAUAGGUUUUACCGUGCAUUAGCAGGCGGGCAAUACUGCAAAUGGGAGGACCUAAUUAAGUAAUAAAGAAAAAUAAAGCAUAUCAUAUUGAAUUUCAGAUUUCCUAUACAGUCUGUUAUAUGCAUUCACUGGAUUGAAAAACAAAUUUCAAAAUCUCAUUUCAUGGUUUGGGGUCAUAAA